AUGUCGGGGUCCCCGUGGCCGCCCUUCCCGGGCCCCUUCGAGGCGGGGCCCCCGAGCCGUGGGGGCGCGUGGGGGGCGGCGGCGGCGCGGGUGGGCGGGUGGGGGGAGGCGGGUCCGGUGCAGGGCCGGGACGCCCCCCACGCCCCCCCGACGGGCCGCUGGGUGGGGCGCCGGCGCGGGCGGGCGGGCGAGAGGUGGGCGCCGCUGCAGCCCGCCCCCCUGCCCCUCGCCGCCGCCGCCUGGCCCCACACCCCCCCCGGACCCCCACCCGCCGCCGCCGCCGCCCCGGACCUCCUCUACGCCGGCCAGGCCCGGCGCCCCGGACCCCCCGCCGCCCGCGCAGCCCUCGACUUCGCCGGACAGCUGAGCCGGCUGGCCCGCGAGCACCCCGACGUGGCCUUCGGCGCCCUGGGCCCCCUCCUCCAGCAGCACUUCUCCCUGGCCCCCAGGCUCCUGCCGAGGAGAGCACGGGGCCACGUCCUGCGCGUCACCACCCUUCUGAAGGAGCUGGAUGCCCAGGGAGCCCGCAGGUUCGCCCACCUGUGCAGGGACUGGCUGUUUGAGCUGCCCCUGGAGUUGAUGGGUGAGUGGGUGCACGAGGACAUGGCUGAGCAGUGGGGACGCCUGCCCUUUGACGACGCUCCCACCGGCGGGGCACUGGCGUGGGUGCCCCAGGAGAGCAGCGCAACGCCCGGCCGCUGCGGCUGUCUGGUGUAUCCGUCCGGCCAGGCCAUGAACCAGCUCUGUUUUCAGGGUGUGGUUCUGGAGCCCACCAGCGACGGAUCCCUGAGGCCUCGCUCCCGUGGAGCCCCCGCCCAAUUUGAACUCAACGGUGCAGUUCGCCAGGUGGCUGCAGCCCAUGUGGAUGGCCACGACUUCAUUGGGGUGCGUUCAGACCAUCACUGUGGGGUGUGGAGGAUGCAAGACACCGCGGCCCCCGUGGCACUCCAGGUGGUCUGCACAGACGCCCCCUGCUCCUCCAUCGCUGUCAGCCCCCACAUGCCGGGCGAGGCGUCCCUCUGCACCCUCAGUGGAGCCCUGUACUUGUGGAAUGUGGAGCUGGGGCUUCAACGGCUGCACCAGGACAGGCAGACCAUGUUUUUCUGCGAUCCCUCCCCUUGGCGCUGGAGUGACUUCACUGCCCACCCGCUGGUGCUGAGCUACGCGGACCGUACGGGGCUGAUGGGCAUUGACCGCAGGGUGCCUUCCGGUCCCCAGGUUGAGCUCUUCAAGGUGGGGAGUGAAGCAGCAUGCCAGCGCGGGGAGCGCCUGGUGCAGGCCAGAUACCUGGGCCAGGCCGAUCCCUACCAUCACCUCAUCGCCACGCAGUUCUCCGUGUACUUGCUGGACGAACGCUUCCCACUGGUGCCUGUUCUCCGCUGGCAGCACAUGAUGCGCAGGCCCCCCCUCUACAGCCACCUCACGCCCGGCGGGGGGCCGCAGCGCACCCACAAACUUCUCCUGGGCACCCACCACUCUCAGGAGCUGCUGCUGGUGCAGUAUGCGGGCGGCAGCAGCGCCCCGUGCCAGCUGUGGGGGCCCCCCCAGAAACUCUCAUCUAUCAGCGAGUGCCUCCCCCACUUGCCCCUGCAGGUGCCCUCCGGCCACAGCGCCCUGAAGCAGCGCCUGGCUGAGCCCACAGCUGGCAUCACAGCCGCUGUGGGCCAGCAGGGCCGGAGGGAAUCCUUGCUUGUCUUCCAGCUCUCAGAGGCCGGGGACCUCUUCUAUCAGCCCCUCCUUCACCACGUGGCGGCAUGCGAGGAAGUGGAACGGGACUCCACACUGGGCGCGGAGACGCUGGGCUCCCUGCAAGAGGUCCCUGGGGGCCUGGCAGGGGACGGGCCCCAUGCAGAUACUCCAGCCCCUCCACUUGGCCCUGCUGCAGCCGUCAGUUACCGCCGUUGGCUCAAGGCCUUUGGGCACAGCUGGCAGUGGAUGCCGGUCACGCCCCGGCCCUCCAGGGCCAUCAGCAAGCGCCGUCUCUUAUGCCAGCGAGAUCUCCAAGAGCAGCCGGGAGCAACCGUGAUCCUGCAGAGGGCCCGCCAGCGCCUGUGCCAGGCCAUGCAAGAACAACGGCUCCUUUGCCCCUGGGAGCCGGGCCUUGGGCCGCCCGCUUCCUUGCCCCCAGUGCCAGAGCUGGAGGCCUGGCGCUCCCAGCUGCAGGAGCGGCUGUUGGCCUCCUGGGGUGGGGGCUGGUCUGCCUGGUGGCAGGACAAGCUGGGCAUGACCAAGGCUGAGAAGAAGCGGGCGCUGAGGGAGCAGCGGCGCCGGCUAAAGAGGGCACGGGGCACCCCCAGCCUGGCCCCCAGCUUCACCUCCUCCCUCAGCGACUUCUCCCAGGGUUCAAGCGCCAGCACCGUGGGCAGCCGAGCCCCCCCUGCCGCCUCCCAGGAUGACGCUCUGCCAGCCUCCCAGGACUCCCAAGGGUCACUGCUCUCCAGCCAGACUCUGGGCAAGCGAGGCAUCCCCCGCGAGCGCCGCAGCACCCUGCGCGAUUACCUGGCCGUCCUGGACCAGCCGCCGGAGCCCCCCGAGGACCUCUUACUGGCGCAGCCGGCCAGCCAGGGUUCGCUGCCCUCCUCCCAAGCCUCACAGCCCCCCCAGCGCUCACAGCCCCCUCGCAAGCGGGCCGUCAUGGGCUUCUGA